GUUGAGUGUUUGAUUGUCACUCCCUUGUAUGGAAAAAGCGGUUCCAUCAGUCAGACAUUCAAAUUCAGUAAAAAGAACAAAAGCAACGGUGAAGAAAAGAUCGUGAAAACCGUUUCUUUCAACAGUAUUGUGAGACAGCCGGAAUGUCACAAUUCAACUAUUUAAACGACCUUAAGGACAUCAUCACGAUGGACGGCGAGCUGACAAAGGGACCGGCUCCGCGAUGGCAGAAAAAAUUAGACAUGUCUGCCGCGUCUGCAAGCUUUAACGCUAGUUCACUAAACACGUCCCGCCAGAUCCAUUCCAUGUCGUUCAGCGGCAAUCAGCCUCCUAGUACGAGCGCAGGCAUUUUAAGUGGGAAAACGCCCAAAAAGGCUAGCUCAAAGGCAACUCCUAGUAAAGGUAAAGGACAAACACCAGGUCAAAAACAACCGUCGGGUGGUGACCGCUUCAUUCCCAAUAGAAAUACAACCGAUUUUGACCUGGGUCAUUUUAUGGUGAAACAAAACGAAGCUAAAAAAGAGAAUGAUAGUGAUGGGGAUGAAUCUUCUGUGCCUAGUCAAGCAAGUCCAAAAAAUGCAGAGCGAAUUAAAAUACUUUCGGAAGCAAUGAAGGGGUGUGAUAUUAGCAACAAAAGAGUUUUGUCUUAUCAAACUAAGGCUCCUGCAGCGCCGGAUGGCCAUAUGAAUCCGCACAAAGUUGUUUACUCAAUGAAAACACCCAUGUCUACUAAGAGUGGAUCACGUUUUAUUCCGAACGCUCCUGAAAGAAUUCUGGAUGCCCCGGAUAUAAUCAACGAUUAUUAUUUAAAUCUCAUGGACUGGAGUAGAGCUAACGUAGUAGCCGUGAGUCUCGGUUCAUCGGUAUAUUUAUGGAAUGCGUCCAGUGGUAACAUUGGAGUAUUAUACGAGAAUGAGGGUGCAGAACAUGCCUGUGCACUGAGCUGGAUUCAGGAAGGACAUAUUCUUGCUGUCGGAACUAACAUUGGAACAAUCGAGUUAUGGGAUUGUGAACAAAUGAAACGACUUAGAGUGAUGGCCGGCCAUUCGGGACGGGUUGGCGUUCUAGCAUGGAAUUCUUAUAUUGUUUGUUCUGGUAGUAGAGAUGGUGCUAUUAUUAACCAUGAUGUUCGGAUGCGAGAUCACCACGUUGCAGUUCUUCGGGGUCAUACACAGGAAAUAUGCGGAUUAAAGUGGUCACCAGACGGUAAACAUCUGGCCAGCGGUGGAAAUGAUAAUUUGGUAAACGUGUGGAGUACGGCUAAUGGUGCCCCACAUUGUACUACCACUGCGCUUCAUUCGUUCAAUCAGCACCAAGCAGCAGUACGCGCUUUAGCCUGGUGUCCGUGGCAGCCCAACACUUUAGCAUCCGGUGGUGGAACUGCCGAUCGUUGUAUUAAAUUUUGGAACGUCAAUAGUGGACAUAUGCUGAAUUCUGUCGAUACGAAAUCCCAAGUUUGUGGAUUAUUGUUCUCCAAGACAUACAAGGAACUGAUUUCUGCGCAUGGGUAUGUCAAUAAUCAACUAACAAUUUGGAAGUACCCAUCUAUGAAUAAGCAGGUAGAUCUACUGGGUCACACCGGUCGGGUGCUCCAAAUUGCCAUGUCACCUGAUGGCAGCACUGUGAUGAGUGCCGGUGCCGAUGAAACAUUAAGACUGUGGAACUGCUUUGUUCCAGAUCCGCUUUUGACUAAGAAAGAAAAAUCCGCUCAAAGAGAGAAACCAAGUCUGCUUAAGCAAAGCAUUCGAUGAGUUAUUUUAAGUUUGAUUAUAAUCCAAUGACCUACUAUGUCUCAUAAGUAGACAAUUGUGUUUUAGAUAUAUUUUCUGCCAUUUUAUUUGUUGUAAUUUGACUAGCAUUACUUUCGUUCACGCAAAUAAAGAUAAUUUUCAAGACUGCAG